GGGAUGAUGCCGUUAUGUAAAGUACUGUGUAGAAUACAGGGUCUGGUUCCGGUCUCAAACAAAACACGCAAAGUGCACCGUUUGCAGGACAGACAGAGCUCAGAGUUACUCCCGCUGCGAGAGGAGGGCGAGCUGCGGCCUGGCUGCUCCCCUGUAGGUCAGGUAACUUGGGCGAAGGUAUGGCUACUUGCCGCCUAACGGUUUGUUCUAGCUAACUCAACGUUGCCGAAGGGCUGUGGAUCUCCCCCGAUUUCCACCAAGGCGCAAAACGAAGUUACUGCUUCGUUUCAAACGCGAACAACUGAACGGUUGCGAGGAUCCUCCAGCGAAGCGCCGAGCAUACCGAGAGGCGGCAGUGGAUUGUGGAGCUGUUUUGCUGCCUGGCUGAGUGAUUGUUUGGUUUGGAGGCGGUUCAGCUCAGCUCAGCUCAGCUCCACGCGGAAGACACCAGAGAGCAGCAGCCGAGCCAACGCAUCGUUCACCUCAGUGGGAAGCUGCAUGCUAGCUGAUUAGCACUGGGCUCACUUUAACCAUGCAGUCGCUCAGGAUUUGUGGGAUUUGAAGGCACUCGCGGAUUUUCUCGGAAAGCAUGUGAUGACCCAAGCUAGGAAAAAGGGUUCCCUCAGCCAGUGCCGUGGCGAGGGCCAUGACUAUUUAGAUGGCUGGUCCCAUGGUAAGACCAUGGGAAGAGCUUGGCCUGAGCGUUGUUUGAAAGAUGGCAAGGCUGUCAAAUCUGGGGCCAAGAGAGACAAGCAAAAAGGACAGCAGCGCAUGGAGAGAUGGAUCCAUGAUGGGUUUAAGAGCAGAGCCAGGCUGGAGAAUUUUCUGAACAAGGACAGGACCAAGACGGAUGCGGUUAAAAAAGGCAAGGCAAAAGUAUCCAAGAAGUUGAGGGAAGAGCGGAACAGGAAGCUCUACCCACUACGAGGGAGGGGUGGCACACCAGAGACUGAGGCCUUGAGCUGCCAUGUCCUACUCACCCGCCUGGAGGAGGAUGCUUUGGAACAGGGAAAUGACUUGAGUGAUGAGGAUCCAGACAUAAUUCGAAGAAGAAAUUUGCAAAAGAAGAGCAUCAAACGUAACAAAAAGCUAGAAAAAGCCAAGGAAUCAUUGUGUACACCAUCUCAAAUUAAAUCAGAACCAACGAUCAUUAAAACCCCAGUUCAGGAGCCUCGUAAGCGUCGGCUCGCCUCUCUCAAUGCUGAAGCAGUCAACAGCCUCCUGCUGGAAAAAACAGAUGCACCACAAGGCAGCAAGCUCACUAAGAAACAGCAGCAAGAGGUCCCACCUGUUGCUAUUGCAGCAGACGAUACAAAGAUUUACUCCCUUUCAAAAAGGUCUGCACAAGCCCGUAAGACUGAAUCGUGCCAAAGCCACAAGCAGGCCAAGAAAAGCAAGUCAGAGGAGAAAGAUGACAAUGAACUGAGUCUGUACGCUCCCACUCCUAGACGCCUUGCUGGACUAAAUGCUGCUGCCCUGCUGAAGCUCACAAGCUCCUCUACAGGAAACAAGCAGCGAGUGAAGGCAGACAGUAAGGAUGUUUGCGUGACAGGGAAGCAGACUAUACGGUCUAAAAGCAGGGUGCGACAGCCUAAGAAGCAAGGCAUUCAGCAGGCUUCACCACGAGGUGGCUGUGCGGUGUGCAAAAGUAGGGGAACUUUGGAGUCCAAACUGAAGUGGGAAGGGGCAACUAACCAUCACCGCCUAACAAAACCAGGGUACCAGUCUCGCAGUAUGAUGGGAUAUCCCCUUAAGGUGGUGAAAGAAGAGCAGGUGGAGACCGAUCUUAGUCCUUCUUACUUCUGCUGUCCUCCCGAGGGCUCAGUGGAAUACUGCCACAGGUUGGCACUGUUCCUGGGGCAGAAGGCCUAUAGCGAGACAGACGAGCACCCUGUGACCUCAGUGAAACGUGAAUGCCUGGUUCCUCCGUCGUCACUGGCACACCCAGCCCUCACCCUCAGUGCCCACCCAUGCCUGUGUGCAGACCCCUGCUACUCUGGUUACUACGUUCACAUCGCUCACCCUGGGCCUCCUUCUUCUAGCCUAAGUACGCAGCCUCUGCCUUGUGCACACAGCUCCCUGUGUGCCCGCAGGGUCCACGGGUCCAAACUGCUGUCCUCUUCCGUCUCCCAUGCCUCAGGAAUCCCACACCCUACCUUCUGCAAUUCGGUGGGGUCACCCUGCUACAGCGAGGGCUGCAGGGUCGGCAGCUACGCCUUCAGUGCUAUGCAGCCAGUCACCAGCAGGGCGUGCACUUAUGCCACAGGCUGCUCCAACUGCAGCCAUCAAAUCAAAACAGAAGGCUACUCUUCACCUCAAGGGGAUCACAAGUCCUCACUGCUUGUGCCACCGGCAUUGCCCCUUUCUGGCUGCCCGUUGCCCAGAGUAAGCCCAUCCUCCACAGUUCUACCACGUCUUCUGUCCACCCUCUCAGACAACAGACAGACAGAGGUCAGGCUUCAAGGGCCUAAAGAAUGCCCUCAAAGCACCAAACCAUCCAAUGGCUCCAUUGCUAGAGGGCGCUCAAAACUGUCUCCGAAACAGCCAGUGCCCAGCCCAGUAAGUGCCAAACAGCAGAAAAAGGUGAAUCGCCACCGAGCGACAAACGGCUGGCGCCCUUAUGGAGAACCUACAGAGAGAGAAGUCUUUAUCGCGGGAGACGAUGAGACUGCCCUACGUCAGUGUUAUGAAGGAGUAGAGCGAGAUGGAGAAGUGAUUCGGGUCAGAGACACUGUGCUGUUGCGCUCUGGACCAAGAAAGAAAUCCUUACCAUAUGUGGCCAAGAUAUCAGCUUUGUGGGAUGACCCCAAGACAGGAGAGCUGAUGAUGAGUCUGUUCUGGUACUAUCGACCUGAACACACGCAGGGAGGCAGGGAUCCCAGCAUGCACUGUGAGAAUGAAAUAUUUGCCUCUCGGCAUCAAGAUGAAAACAGUGUGGCCUGUAUUGAAGACAGAUGCUAUGUUUUGCCGUUAGCACAGUACUGUAGAUUUUGUGCCUUGGUAAAGCGCCGAUCAGAGGGUGUACCUGACAGCACCCCAGUGGUGCCACACCCCUCCGACAGUGCCAUCCCUUCUCACCGACUUGUGCCCGAUGAUGUUGACCCUGAGCUGGUUUACCUGUGUCGCCAUGUCUACGACUUUCGUUAUGGCCGCAUACUGAAGAACCCGCAGUAAAGGUGCAGGCUUGCGCCUCACACAUGGUGGAAAGCCUCCAUACUAAGAGGAUCCCUGUGAAACCUACUGGCCUGUUUUGUUCUAAUCAUUAUAAUUUAUUUUUGGGAAGAGAGGUUUUAAAUUGCUUUAAAAGAAAACUGAGGUCAGGAGCGUAGUCAACCACUAAAGGAACAUCCCCCAUAAUCAUGAAAAAGUGGCAGUAUCUAGGGUGAGCGCUAUAGAAAAGCAAGAAUAACAGCUUUGCAUCUUAAUUUGAUUUUGUUUUUCUUUAAUCUUGGAUAGAAGGUGAAUUUUUUUGUCUAUCUCUUCAGUGAUUUGUCUUGUACACUGGACUAUGACACUGGCAAAGGGAGAUGAAGAUUCUGAACAUAAUCAAAAAAUCCUUUUAUUCAAAGUGUGACUUAAAGGGGGACAAAUCUAGGCUCAUCUCGGAGAAUGUAAAGCUUCAAUUUGGUGGAGUCUAGAUUUGAAUAUUUUUUGUUGUUGGGAAGAACAAGAGGAAGUGGACAAAUCAUACUCUUGCUUGUGGAGGAUCUUCUGUUCCUCAUUUUCUUCUGUAAGAGAGUGGAGAUCUACUAUUCUCCCAUUUAAUGUAGUGGUGAAGGAAGUAGAGCCACAAUGAAAUAUCAGUCAAUGGAGUUGUCCACCCUGUUCAUUCUUCUCCGUGUCUUGCCUUAUUACUUGCAGGUAGCUCUGUAGGCAGCUAGUUUGACCCAGUCCUCUAAGAACGCCACUUCUGUAAUAAAAUAAACCAAAGGUCAGCACAGUGUUAAUCACCAUUCUCACUAGUUAAAAGCCCCAGUUUCUGCAGUAUCUGCCUGUGCUCUCUAAUGCCAUAGAUUGGAAAAAGUGAUUCACAUUUGUUGUUGUUUUGUUUUUUUUAGAAGUUUUAUAAUAUAUUGAAUUGAGGCACUCAAGACAUAUAACAAAUAUAUUUUAAAUAUUUAUUUGACAAAAUCCUGCCUGUGCCCAUUUUCCCUCGCUUCUAGAAACCCUAGUGAAAUUGCACUAAUCCAUUCUUUUGCUUUAUUGUUUUUCCUUUAUUAAUCUCUCUUGCUCUGCUGCUCUUCUUACUUUACAUAUUAGCCUAUGGCUCUGAUUCUAUCAACACUGUUUAAUCAGGAAGGGAACAUGCAAGAAUAGUGUCUUAAAGCACUCGUAUUAUGUAGAGCAGAAUAAAAGUAGACGAAUAACAAAUCUCAACAUAAGAUGACCAUGCAGAAGGCUUUGUUGUGCAAGUAGUCUUUAGACUCUGAAAGUGUCUACACAAAGCAUGGAAAAUGUAUGGCUAAACUGUUGUCUCAAAAUUUGUAACAUUUCUGUGAUGCUCCGUGGCUACUGCUCUUUGUUUAAUGCUACAUCUGUUGUAAACAUGCCUACUUUCCUCCUACAGAGGUGCCACAGUAGUCUUGAGUGAGAUUUUUCAGUUCAAGGAUUAGAAAAGUCCCUUCUGGGGAUGCAUGUUGAAGGUGGGAGGAAUUUUUGAAAAACUACAAGAGCUGGUACAGGCUGUUGGAAAUUUUUGGAAUUUGGAAAUUUUUUGUUGUUGUUAGUUGGCUACAUGACAGCAACAUAUUCAUGGCUAAUUUUGGGCCAGAAUGCCCUUUUAAGUACAUUUACUUUGUAAUGCUCCAGUCUUUCCUCAACUUUCAGUUAGUAAUGAGAUUCGAAAAGAUAUAAACUAAGUCAUUUAACUGUCCAGCCUCAUGUUGUGGCAUCACAUGCCAGACCAAGAGUUUUAAUGGCUGGUAAAAACCUUUAUCUAAAGCACUCACACAAAGGACAAAUAGUCCUUAGUACAGUCCUAGUCAUAUGGAGGAUCUGCAAUACAUGAUAAGCUCAUUUUUCAAGUCUAUGCAUUUAAAUCCUCUAUGGCUCUCUUAUGUUCCAGAUUUGCUGGUUAUUUUAUUAUUGUUUGGCUUGAGCUAACGGGCAGCCAAAUUGACACCCUUCAAACAGCCUCCUUUAUCAGCUAAAGUAAAUGCAUAUUGAUCCUUGCAUUCUAAUGAAUAUAUAAAUAUCACAAAUUGUGUUGAUUGAAUCAGAGCCUGUGCUCUGAGAUAAAAGCCUAAUGAGUUUUUCUAACAAUCCUCCAAGCACUGAAUGAAAGAAUAAUAAUCAGCUCUCCUUUAGUAAAUAUUGCACCUUCUGUAUGUGUGUACCCAGCAUUCAUAGCAAAGCUCCCGGCUAUUUGAAAUCAUUUUCCAUGCCUGAAAUCUAAAUAAGAUCAGGAAUGCUCUAGAAUAGGCUUUCUGUUUUCUUAAACCACUAACUGUAAACCAUAUCCAUGCUUAUAUAUUAAUUAUUCAGAUGUUGAAAUGAUGUACAGUGGUACUAGAAUUUCCUCGUAAAGGUAGUUUAGAUGGCUUUCCAACAGUACUAUAUAUAGUAUAUAUAAGUGUAUGUUUUUUAAUGUAUGCAGAAAACCCAGAACUCGUUUCAUUCCAUUGCAUCAUUGGCAUAGAUGUUGCUGCAAUUAUACCUUGAUCAGCAGGUCUUCUAAAAAAAGAUUCUAUUAAUAAUAUUGUGGUUUAAAUGAAAAGUUUUUGAUCCCAUAUUUGUAAACAAAAGUGUUUCUCUGUUUUUCAAUUUGUCCUGGAAACAUGAGAUAUUUUAUUAAGUCUAUUUCUAAAGGUAGAAUAUGCAAUAUAUUUUUGGGACUAUUUUUGAGGAUUCUAUUUAAAUCAAAGUCCUUAUAUUGUUUUAACUAAUUACAAAUUGUUUUGAUGUGGAUCAUAAAUUGAAAAUAAUAGUAACCAAAUAGACAUGAGCUGAAACACAGACAGUGUUUAAUUUUAUAAUUUUAUUAGUUUAGAAUCCAAAGGUGGAGUACAUGAGAGCCAUCAAUGGGGAAAAAAGAGUGAUAUGUACAUAGAUUAAUUAUUGAAGAAUCGCCAGACCAUCUUUCAAAUGAGAUAAAAUGUUGCACAAUAUGUUUUUAGUACUUAUGAGACAUGUAACUAUAUUUAAAGAAGUUAUUUAACAUUUGAGUAUACAAACUAUAUAGAUGAUCUAUCUAUAUUUCAAAUAACAAGUCAUCUUAGUCGAAAAGUGUUUUCAAGUGCUGUUGCAAUAUUUGUGGUCAACGAGCGCCAUAGAUUUUUUUUUUUAAUUGUUGAGGAUUGAUUUGCUUUUUAUUUAAGUUAUGAAGUCUUCAGUUAAAUAACUUAAAGUUACAGUUGUAUUUAUGGAGACUUGGAGUUGGCAUCAAGGGGUAAAGACCAAAGCACACUCUUCUACUGGUGCCCCUUUUGUGUGUAUAUUGCAUAUAUGUGGGGCAGCCUCAGCAACUCGGAACUGUACAGUCCUGCUGCUGUCAUUGCAGAGCGACUUCUGUCACCAGACCUUAGUCAGAUAGAGGUACUUGAAUUAUCAGUUGCUGUGAAUCAGUUUCAUAGUAUCAUAAAUGUACAUUUACAUGUGGCCUUUUCCCAUUCACUGUAAGUCGUUUUGGUUUGGUUUGCAGGAAACAAGCCAAAUAUCACUUAAUUGAUCUAGUACAUGGUAGGACAGCUAUGUAAACUGUAUUCUGAGUACAUAUUUGACCAAGAACAGCAGGUGAUGACAAACCGAGUCUGCUGUCUUUAAUUUCUAUAUUUCUAAAAGUUGUUUUAUACGAUAUUGGUUGAUCGCUACAGAGUCGUCUCUGAGGCUUCUUGAACACUGUAUUACCAGCAUGUGCUUGGAAGACCUUCAGAGCUAAAUGGCUCCUCAUGGAAAGCCCACGCGUCCAUUUCCGGAGGGUGGUUAACUGACCCGGUUAUGAGGGGAGCUUGAUCUAAGUCUUUGGCAAAUAUCAUAUAUCUAAUCUUUAGACAGAUUUUUCAUGAAGAAUCAAGUUUAUUGGGAGCCAAAGUGGCUGGUUACAUGUUGAAUGGCUGUAUAAACACUUAAGGACAUGGAAUCCCUCUGUAUCAUGGAGCUUGACCGCUUCUCUGCGGUGAAGAAUUGUAGCUGUGGUUCUGUAUGUUUCAGAAUUCCUUUUUAAACCGUAACCACAAUGACCAAAAUCAAGAGAUGUUUUGGGUUUUUGUUUUUGUUUUUUUGGAUUUCCCUAUCUUGACCAAUACUAAGAAUUCCAUUUCUUUGCUCUCUGUGUUAUUAGGUUAGUGCUUAUUGCUAACAUAUAUUUUGAUAGAGUGGGAGAAUGAAUAAAAAGUUAUUUUUGAAUGGGGAUGGGGGGGGGUAUGUUUUUGUUUCUGUCGCUUUGUCAUGCACUCUGUUUUUUUUUUUGUUUUUUUGUUUGUUUUGUUUUAAUGACAACAAGAAUCCCUGCUGAUUAUUGUUCAAUUGAAAGAGUAUUUAUAAAACAUUCUUUUGUUAAAA